AUGGGAGUUGCGGGAGGUUUGCACGGCGGGGCUGCCAAAGGUGGACGGAGGGAUUUGACGAUCGAAACAAAUCCGAAAAAGGACUUCAAAGACGAUAUCAUUGAUGACCUUAACAAAGACCUCCAGAAGCUACAGAAAUGUGUCACGUGCGUUAUCUGUCAUGAUAUGUUGUUCGAACCUUUCUCUCUACAAUGCGGGCAUGUAUUUUGCUACACGUGUAUGGUGGACUGGUUAGGCCUGUAUAAAAAGAGAACCUGUCCAGAAUGCCGAGCGGUUGUCAAAACCCAGCCGGCACCAGCUUAUUUGAUUCGAGACAUGAUCGAGACUUUCGUCCAUAGAGCUGAAUUGACGUCUCCCCAUGGCACCGGCUCAGAACUACGGAAACAACAGCGGGAAGCCCUGGCAGCUAUAGAAAAGGAUAGAGCUGCGGAGGGUAAGGAGGAUGGUGGCUUAUUCAAAGGCAUGUUCAAGAAAAAGAAGUUCCAUGGGCGUCGGGGCUUUAGGGACCCUGCGGACGGAAUCACAAGGUGCCCGGACUGUAACUGGGAAGUAGAGGAUGGCCUCUGCACUGGUUGUGGCAUGGAGGUUCUUGAACCGAGAGGCAAUGUUUUUUCAGAUUCAGACGAGGAUGAGUCCGACGUCUCUGAUGAUUCUGACGAUUCGGAUUCGGAUUCGACCGGCCCUAGUCUGAACAAUCACUUUGGCCGCGAUCCGGAACAAGAGCUCGACGAUGAAGAGGAUGAGGAUGAUGAUGAUGAAGAAGAAGACGAGGAUGAUGAUGAAGAGGAAGACGAGGAUGAUGAAGAGGCCGAUGAGUGGCAAGACGAGGAGGAUAUCCCUGGGUACAAUGUGGACUCUCCAGGAAUGAAUGCCAGAUAUUCUGGCCCGCACGGUAUAAAUCAGCCACGGGCACUUUUCCACCGGAUUCACCCAUCGGGAUCCGGCAGAAAUAUUCCCACCUCCCAAAACGCUAGCCAAGAGUUUGGCAUGGCUAACGGGUUCAGCGUAUUCCCCUCAAGCGAAGCCGAAGAGGGUGGCAGGAGUGAUGACACCGAAGGUAGUUUAGCGGAUUUUGUGGAACACGACACACCCGAAAACACUCGUCGAUCACAACGGGGAAAUACAAGGAAUGGCAAUAAUAGCGCUAUUCAACAAAUUACCAUCAAUUCAUCUCCCAUCCUUAUCUCAUCUACCCCAGCCACUUCCUCCAAUAUGCCACCUAGGCGUCGCGGAAGAAGGGUUGUCUUGGAAGACGAGGAUGAGAAUGAUUCAUCACUUAAUAUCAACGACUUUCCAACAUGGCCGGAGGUUGAUGUUGAGCAGUUUGGAUAUUCGCCGUUAGGGGAAGUGACGACCGCCAGCGAGAACGAUGAUGAUGCCCUCUCAAGCCCACCAAGUCGUAGACUCCGGCGUGGUGGGCCACCUAGUAGCGGCGGGGGUGGCAGCGUUCCCAGUGUUCCGGAGGAAGACGAAGAAUCGGGCUCUGGUAGAUUUGGUGAUGACGACGAUAGCGAAGACGAAGAUGGUGAUAUCGUCAUGACUGGCACUCGGGGGCGUGCAAGGAGGGGUGCCAAUGGUACCAAUGGGCAAAGAAGAACUCAGAAUAGGGGUGGGAAUCGCGCUCGGCCCGUUGAAGUCCAAGAUUCAGAUAGCGACUUGGACGUCCAGCCAAGGCCAGCGAGGCGUAAUGGGAGGAGCAACACUUCAUCCAGCAACCGUCAGACACAUGGUCGGGGUGCCGCUGGGAAUACCAGGUCGACCAACUCCCGCGGCAGGUUUAAUCCUAACUUGCAGAAUAUAUUUUCUGCUCACCAUCAACAGAGAGAACAGACGCAGUAUGAUGCCUUGGCAAGAUACAGUGUUAGCCCGGCAAGAAGCAUUACGCCUGUUCAACGACAGCACACAGGUGAAUCUCGGAGAGCCUCAACUCCACUCAGAAGCGUGGAGCAGGGCAAUCCACCCAUGUCACCUUUGAUUCGUUUGUCGAACGACCCUCCAACCCCGACAUUUGUCCCGGGCCACCCUUUGCCAUUAUUACCUCUGCGUUCCCCUAUGCAGAGCCCUGUUCAGAAUCCCCGUCAGGGUCGCGCCGGCGGACUUGGGCCUCCGGCGGAACACCAAAUUAUUAACAAUAGCCGUCCUAUCUUGAGUAAUCCACCUUCGGAUAUGCAGCAAGCACCAAGGACGGGCACCAUAACGAUUGCCUCCCCUGGGCUGAGGGUUAGGGGUAGGAACUCAAGACAGCAAUUGCGGGGGACUUCGAGCAGGGUUGGCCUUCGCGGUGGGAGUAUUAUACCCACUCAAUCCUCGACUUCUAGUAACCUUGUCUCCCGCCGUCAAAACACUGUUAGUAUAGAACGAGAUGCAAUAUUCGCCAGAGGGGCAGCAGCUAUCAGAAGGCAACAAGCCCCGAGAGAUGCUGCGGGGACACAAUUGGGACGCAGAAAUAGCCGGAUCUCAUUGAACUCAAAUACCAUCCAAUCGCAUAACCAGACUCAAAAUCAGCCUACUGCGGCAGAAGCAUCCAGAGUAACAACCAGAAGCGGGCAGCAAGUGGGCUCAGCAUCAGGACGGAUCGGAGUUCCUAUAGCUAACGGACCGGUUUCACAAUCGAGCGGGGGGCCUCUAUGGGCUCUUAGUGAAGACAGAUGUUGAGUGUGGGUGGAGUGGUAAUUUUUAUUUUCACUGAUUGUCUACGGUAUUUCCUUUAUGCAUUGGGUGGUCUUGGGAAGAAGGGGCCUGGGUUUACAAGUCGUUUUCAUCAUCAUUACCUAAAAAUCCCUUUCGUCCAUUUCUCUUUUUCCUGUCUCAUACAAUCCCCCACCUACUUAGCUUAGCUACGCCCAUACCUAUUUUUUCCCUUUUUUUCUCACACCAUCCGUCGUCCGGUACCCGGUACCUAUAAAAUGGCUUUUAUUACUCCCAGCGUGAACGCAAAAAUGAAGGUGAAAAUUUGUGAGAGAGGGUGGGGUGUUAGGAUAGGAAGCAUGUCUUUUUCUCUUUUAUUCUCUCUUUUAGCUUUUCUUUGAUGGGUGUCGUGGCUCCUGUUUCCUCUAACCCUCCCACGAUGCUUCAUGCGUUAUGUAGGUACGAUAUUAUGUGUGAUGAUUUGUUUGAUAAGGAACCUUCUCACUUUUG